GAAAAAAGAUUAGAAUUUCUCCCCUCACAGCACAGGUGCCUUUCUUCAAGUUGAAAGAGUGCCACCACCAACCACAUAGUCAAAGAAAACCAAUCCAUAUUCUCCAUAAUCCUCCAAUAUGUACCCUAAAGAGAAUCAAAAUAUGGAGAUAAGUCCUUACAAUACUUCAAAGAAAACAAAGCACUUGGAGAAGUUGAACCAUCAAAAUAAUAGCUAUUUUCUUCAUGAAGCUUCAACCAUAGACAUGAUGCAUACAUCAUCAAGCAAUCAUCAAACAUCUUCAGAUAAUUCUAGUGAGACAUGUCAUCGUGAUCAAGAUGGUAAAUGGUCCUCCAAACUUCUCAAAGAGUGUGCAAUAGCAAUAUCUAAUAGAGACUCAUCAAAAAUCCACCAUCUUCUUUGGAUGUUAAACGAGUUAUCUUCACCUUAUGGAGAUAUUGAUCAAAAACUAGCUUCAUAUUUUCUACAAGCUCUAUUUUCCAAGGCAACACAAUCCGGUCACAAGUGUUACAAAACACUAUCUUCAAUCGCUUACAAAAGCCACUCUUUUGAUUCAGCAAGAAAGUUAAUACUCAAGUUUCAAGAGGUAAGUCCAUGGACAACUUUUGGACACGUAGCAUCAAAUGGUGCUAUUUUAGAAGCUUUAGAUGGAGAGAAAAAACUUCACAUAAUUGAUAUUAGCAACACCCUUUGUACUCAAUGGCCUACUCUUCUAGAAGCUUUGGCAACAAGAAAUGAUGAAACUCCUCACCUUAAGCUCACAAUUGUUGUCACAAAUAAUAGUUCUAGUGUUGUUGUUAUGAAGGAAGUUGGUCAAAGAAUGGAGAAAUUUGCUAGGCUUAUGGGAGUACCUUUUGAAUUGAAUGUUAUUAGUGAUUUGAAACAUAUACGAGAAUUAACAAAAGAGAGGUUAGGAAUUCAAGAAGGUGAAGCAAUAGCUUUGAAUUGUGUUGGAGCAUUGAGAAAAGUUGAAGUUGAAGAAAGAGAAAGUGUGGUUCAAUUUUUCAAAUCGCUUAGUCCUAGAGUUGUGACAUUUGUUGAGGAAGAAGGUGAUUUUUGUAGUGAUGAUUUUGUUAAAUGUUUUGAAGAGUGUCUUAAGUUUUAUAGAAUUUAUUUUGAGAUGUUAGAGGAGAGUUUUCCACCAACAAGUAAUGAGAGGUUAAUGUUGGAAAGGGAGUGUUCAAGAAGCAUAGUUAGGGUUUUGGCUUGUGAUCAUGAAUUUGAUCAUGAUGAAGAUGAUGGUGGUGGUGAUUAUUGUGACAAAAGGGAGAGAGGAAAACAAUGGUUUGAAAGGUUUAAGAAUGAAUUUUCACCUUGUGGAUUUAGUGAUGAUGUUGUGGAUGAUGUCAAAGCAUUGCUAAAGAGGUAUCAAGCUGGUUGGUCACUUGUUGUACCUCAAGGAGAUGAUCAUAUUACAGGAAUGUACCUAACAUGGAAGGAGGAGCCAGUUGUUUGGGCAUCAACAUGGAAACCCUAGAUGGAUCUUUGUAAAUUGAAUUUUUAUCUAUGAUGUAUCUAUAUAAAUAUUAUCUUUAAUUUAUGUUUAGUUGCUAUGUAUCAAUCUAUGGCUAAUCAAUAUUCUUAUACACAAAAUUAUAAUAGAAGAGUAUGAUUAUAUAUGAAGGAUUCUCUUGGCCUGCUUUGUAUGGAUGGAUAUAGAUGGCAAUUAAUGGAUUUUUCUUUUAACUUUCUCUUUUGAUUUUGUAUAUUUUGUAAUCUUUCUCCUGUCCAACUCCUUUAAAAGAGCAUGGCAUGGGAGUUUGUGUUGAUAGAGCUCUUGAA